ACGCGACUAAUGGUGGCGAUUCCCAUUCCACCAUUGAAUGCUUGUCUGGGGAAGGCUCACCGACGAAUGCAAGUGGGACUUUCGGCCGUAUGCUGGCCUGUUCGUUGCUGAAGAAGAAGGGUCCGUUGGAACUGAGAUCUACAAAUACCCCACCCGCGGCGAUGACAGACGGGAAGGUGGAGCUGAAGGCAACGGCGAAGUGGGGCUCGCCUCGUCGGCAUCAAAUGAAGAAGGCCUCGAGCGCGAAGCGGGUGUAGAUCGCACCGACGGGAAAAGAGAAGAAGAAGGAAAGGGAGACAGGUGCUCGGGAGCCCCGGAUUGCUCGAGAAGCGCGAAGGUGGGCGGUGGCUCCUAUCGCGUCGUUGACGGGAGGGAGGAGUUGCGACAAAGAAAGGCUUCGGGAGGGAGGUGGAAGCCGGCUCUACCAAGGGCGACGUUGACUAACGUGGUGCUACUAGAGGUGGCGACGAGAAGAGGCGGAGCAGAACCAAGGGAGGGAAGGCAUAUGAGCUCCAACCGGGGAUCUUUGUCGAAGUCGCGAAACAAGCUGGCGGCAAGACUAGAGGUGACGAUUCCAUGGACGGCGGUGACUAAAGGAAAUGUGGCGUCUUCGAUUGGGGAGACGAAAUCGAAGACUAGGGCGGAGUCAGGCUUGCACUCGUGUCGCCUGGUGCGCCGCUCACUGUCGGUAAUGAAGUCGGAAAUGGAGCUGACGGCGACGGCAGGGGAGGAGAUCGGUGGCCCUCUGCCCGACAACCCUAGUAGGUCGUCGCCUCCCGCCAUGCAGCUGCAACAGCAACGGGAGCAUGACUUGUUGGGCCAAGCCAUUUGGGACGUUUCUCCUGACGUGGGAAACGAAGUGGACCACUACUACAGUUGGGCUGAGUUUCUUGGAUCGCGUGGGCCGCGGGGCCAAUUGAAGUUGGUCGUAGAGGCCUUGGGCGCGGGCUGACGAGGGAUAAAGAGCUUGCAAGGUU